AUGCAGGCGACGGGCACCGGAGCAGCUGACACGGAGGCUGCCGUCAACACGAGCGGCGGCGCAGAGGAGAGGAUGGAGAGGACGGCACCGGGCGAGCUGCAGCAUCGCACCGACGACCAGCAGCGGCAGGGAGCGUCCUCGGCGGCGCUCGGCGUGCUCGAUAAAUUAUUUGGGAAGAGGCUUCUGCAGGCCAGACACUACAUAUUGUCUCGGAAGUCCUGGCUGAAGAUGGUUCCCACUGAGAACUGUGACAUCCUGAUGACAUUCCCAGAUUCAAUGGAUGACCACACCCUACUGUGGCUCCUGAAUCAGAUCCGUCUCGGGGUGCCACAAGUCAGUAUUCAAGUUCGACAGCAUAAACAUACCCAGGCCUACGCUUUCUUCAUCACCACUACAUUUGAGAACUUACUGCAGGGAGCGGAGCAGAUGAGUAUGCACAAGGCCGUCAAGCCACAAUUUGGAGGCGGGAUGCGUCGCUUCUCCUGUGAAGAGGACAACAUCUAUGAGAACAUCGAGAGCGAGCUCUGCUUUUUCACCUCGCAGGAGCGCCAGAGCAUCAUUAAGUAUUGGCUGGACAAUCUACGAGCCAAGCAGGGGGAGGUGCUUCAUAACAUUCACUUCCUGGAGGGGCAACCCAUUAUUCCGGAGCUGGUGACUCGGGGUGUGAUCCAUCAGAUGUUUCCUCUCCAUGAGCAAAGGAUCCUGAAUCAGCUGAUGACAUCCUGGGUGCAGGCUGUUUGCGAAAGGCAGCCCCUAGAUGACAUCUGUGACUACUUUGGAGUGAAGAUCGGCAUGUAUUUUGCCUGGCUCGGGUUCUACACCAGCUCCAUGCUUUACCCCGCUGUCAUCGGCUUCCUCCUGUGGAUCCUUGCUGAGGCCGACCAGACCAGUCAGGACAUCUGCUGUGUCGUCUUCGCACUCUUCAACGUCGUGUGGGCGACGUUGUUCCUGGAGCGCUGGAAGAGGCGAGAAGCUGAGCUGGCCUACAGGUGGGGCACUCUCGAUACCCCUGCCGAGUCCUUGGAGGAGCCAAGGCCACAGUUCAGGGGUGUGAAGCGCUGCAGUCCCAUAACAGGCUGUGAAGAGUUCUACUAUCCUCCAUGGAAGCGGACUGUGUUCAGAUGGCUGGUCAGCCUCCCCAUCUGCCUUCUCUGUCUCUGCUUCGUCUUCCUCGUCAUGCUCCUCUGCCUGGAACUGCAGGAAGUGGUUAUGGAGGUUCAGGAGCUGCCUGGCAUCACAAGAUUUGUUCCUAAAAUACUGCUGGCCAUUACUGUCACCAUAUGUGAUGAAGUUUACAAGAAGAUUGCCUACUGGCUCAAUGACAUGGAGAACUAUCGACUUCAGAGUGCCUAUGACAAUAAUCUCAUCAUCAAGAUCGUUUUUUUUGAAUUUAUCAAUUCUUACCUAAGUCUUUUCUACAUUGGAUUCUACCUCAAGGAUAUGGAGCGACUAAAGGAGAUGCUUGCCACACUACUGAUUUUCCGCCAAUUCCUCCAGAACAUCAAGGAGGUCCUCCAGCCCUACGUCUAUGAACAAAACAAACUGGGUGUCUUCACCCCCAAGGUGCUGUGGGAGCUCCUCCAGGCCAUCACGCUCAAGUAUGGCCGCCUGGCUCUGGGAAAGGCCCAGGCGUCAAUGACCGCCUACUCCUUCCUGGGCACCAGAGGACUCGCAGUCAGCGGCGCCGCGGACACCGGCGCACGUCCGACGACAAGAGGGGAUCUGAAAGCCGGGUUCAGGCUGACAGAAGAAGAGUGGGAUAUGACCGACGGCGCUCUGAAGCAAAGGAAGGUCAGCUUCACAGAGAAGGUGGACUACAAGGAUGUCGCGGCGGAAUCACAGACGGCCGAUGAAACCUUCCCUGAGGACAGUCCCACUCUGGUGGAGGACGGCAUGGACCCAUGCAGCAUUUUUGACAGUUGUGAUGAGGACAGUGAUCUAGAAACUGGAGCUCAGGACGCGAAAGAGAGUACCAGCCUGCCCUCGUCACGAGACUCAAACGGUCUCCGUCACAGAAGGAAAACCCCGGACGAGGCCAGGGAGGACAAGAAGUCCUGGAUUGAUCCGCCGGAAGAAAGCAAAACCGUCACCUUGACUCAGGCCGAGAUUGAAAGCUGUAUGCAGACGUACGAGGACACACUUCAGGACUACCAGGAGAUGUUCAUACAGUUUGGCUACGUGGUGCUCUUCUCCUCGGCAUUCCCCCUGGCGGCCAUGUGCGCGCUCAUCAACAACAUCAUCGAGAUCCGCAGCGAUGGCCUCAAGCUCUGUACGGGCCUGCAGAGACCCUUUGGCCAGAGGGUGGAGAAUAUCGGACAAUGGCAGACUGCAAUGGAGGCCAUGGGCUUGAUCGCCAUCCUUGUCAACUGUUACCUGAUUGGUCAGUGCGGUCAGCUGCAGCGUCUCUUCCCGUGGUUGAGUCCCGAGAUGACCAUCGUCUCCAUUGUCUUACUGGAGCACUUUGCCAUCCUCCUAAAGUACGUCAUCCAUGUUGCCAUCCCUGAUAUCCCUGGUUGGGUAGCAGAAGAGAUGGCCAAGCUAGAAUACCGACGAAGGGAAGCUUUCAAGAGGCAUGAGCUUCAAGCCCAGCAGCAUUUUCAGCAACAGCUCAGACGUCGCCGCGAGGAAGAGGAACUCCAGCGUCAGGCGGAGCUCCAGGCGGAGGCCCGCCAGGAGAGCGACUACCACAAGUCCGAGGGCCAUCACCAGCACCACCACGAGAAAACGGCGGGGGGCAAGCCCAAGAGACCCAGCUCCCUGCUGGGGACCAACAACGUGAUGAAGCUGAAGCAGAUCAUCCCUCUCCAGGGGAAGUUCUCCUCCGGCUCCUCCCGCUCCCCGGCCCAGUCGCCCACCGGCGGCGAGGCCAAGCUGGCCGGAUUCCUCAAGUUCCUCAAGUCGCCGGAGGUGAAAAAGGAGCCGGCGGCGGCCGUCGGGGGGUCGCCGGGAUCGAUAGUGACAUCUUCGGCGCCCCCCGGCGGCCAGGAGCGCUCACAGUCCCCCAACAGGACAUUCAGUCCAGGUAAGCUGUUCAGCUUCAGCAAGUCCGAGGGCAGCGUGGUGUGUGCUAACGGGACUCAGGCCGUCACCUGUCAGCCCACCUCCAGUCAGGAGGAGUUACCCUCAAAUGAGUCCGACAAAGGGGAUCCCGAUUCGGAAAGCUCGGGCUCAAAAUGUUGAUGCCAAAUUAUGCAGUCACGGCCGUGCCUUAUUUUAAGCUUAUGUUUUUUUUUUCAUGUUUAAAGCUUAGUUCCUAUCUGGGCUCUUAUUUUGUAGUUUUCACUUCCUGUUUGCCCCGCACCUGCUUUGUGUUAGCGAGAUUGUGAUGUUCGGGUGUACUUUGUGGAAGCCCACUCUGUUACACACGUUUUUGUUUACUUUUUAGCCAAUUUAGUAUUAGUUUCCUUUUCAGCUUCAGUGCCUUCAACUAGCUGCACUCGCCUUUUGUUUAUUUUUGGUUUAAAGCAUGGGUGUCAAACUCUGGCCCGCCGUGUAAUUUCACUUGGCCCUUGAGGCGAUAUCAAAUUAACACUAGAGCUGGCCCGCCGAUUAUAUACGGCGGAUUAUAUACGCUAAUUCUCAUACUUGCCAACCCAACCGGGAGACUCCCAAAUUUCCGUGCCCCUCCCGAAAAUCGACACGUCCGCUUUUCAUCCAGUCCAACGAGUGCUGGCCCAGUCACAUAAUAUGUGCGGCUUCUGCACGCACACACACGUGAAUGCAACGCAUACUUGAUCAACAGCGAUACAGGUUACAGUGAGGGUAGCCGUAUAAACAACUUUAACACUGUUAGAAAUAUACGCCACACUGUGAACCCACACCAAACAAGAAUGACAAACACAUUUCGGGAGAACAU